AUGCAGCGCGCCUUCUCCUAUCCGGUGACGGUCGAGCGCAGCCGGACCAAGGAGCGUCUGGAGGCAAGUCUGGCCGGCUUGUGCGAGCUGGAGCUCCGCAAGCAGCGUCAGGAGGGCCUGGUCCUCGGGGCGCUGGCUCUGGGCGACCCGCGGCCCCAGCUAGAGGCCCCCGCUGCAGGGGACGUGUCCUGGUUCAGCUGCUGGGGCCAGGAUAACCUGACACUAAGGCGCCAGCUGAGUGCUCUUCAGACUUCGCCCUGGGGUCUCGUGCAAGCCCUUGAGCAACAGGUGGGAGAACUGCGCAUCAACACAGACCACCACGACACCGCUCAAGGAGACACAGGUGACAGCCGGCCUAGUUCAGGUUUCUACGAGUCAAGUGAAGGUCAAUCGCCUAAAGGGAGAACUUGUUCAACGGAGCCCACAGAGAUGGUCUCUUCCUGGCCUUACACCAACGACAGACCCAAGUCUGUGGGAGACACUCUUUUGUUGAACGGAGAAUCAGAUAUGUCAGCCCCUCAAAGUGGCCUGCUGCGCUCAUUUUCUGCUCCUCACCCACCAUUGGAGGGUAUCGCCGAGGAAGUGACACCAAUGGAAUCAUGGAUGCUAGAGUCCUGCCAGGUCAAGCAGCCCUCGGAGCAGCAACAGCAGCCUCCAGGGGAUCAAGUGACAGAGGAGGACUUCCAGCAAGCCACGAGGGUGGAGGGUUACAUACUUCAUCUUGUCCAGCGUCAUACCCUUUCACCAAGGCCAUGUCAGCCUCGUACAACUCUAAGCCCUGAUCCGUCAUACAGCUUUACCCCUGCACAUCCCUCCCUACAUAGGAAAAGCCCUUCUCUUUCCACAGAGCAAGGACAUCCAGGCCCUCAAAUUGACCUUUCAUCCAACCCCAAGAGCCCGAGUUGGGGUUGUGACCUUCCAGAGGGUGAGGCCUGUGGAGGAGAGGCCCCAUCUUUGGAAGAAGAGCGUUAUUUAAUGUUGCCCUACCCCCAGUGUAGGCCACACUCCCUGACUGGGACGUUGCCAUCACCUCUGCCCUUCUUGGACCCCAACUGCGGUGGUGGGACGCUUAACCUUUGCUGUGAACCCUCAACCCCCCAGCAUUGUCCUCAGCCCCCAAUUAAUCAGAAGCACAAUCUAGUAAGUGCUCAGUACAUCCCCGGGCAGGCCUGCCAUGCUCCCUUACGCUCACCAAAACACUUUAACCCAGCGCAGUCCAAAACCCAUCAGUCCUCUCCUGACCACCACAACGCCAAGCCCAAAAAUUCUAGGAAGGGCCACAAUGAAAAACAGAGGUCUAAAAAGUCGAGCAGUAAAACAGGUCGAUCACAGUCAGAGAACAGCCUACUCGGGCAGCGGGUGUUGCCAGAACGAAGGUACAGCACUACCGAGCGGCAUCAAGGCAGAGGGGAUCAGGCCCAAGGCCAAGUUGCCAAGGUUCAUGUAGGAAACAAUGGCGACAGAGCAAACCGACGAUGGUGUUCCAACUUAGAGCUCAGCCAAGAUGAAGGCGAAAACCACAUGGAGCAAGGUCAUAGGAGGCCACCUCGAAAAGCUCGCCCUGGUCACAGCGGUCACCACCAGCAGCAUCAUCAUCAUCAUAAUCAUCACCCGCAUCAGCAGCAUGCCCAGCGCUGGCACUCAGACUACCAGCAGCGUGCCCCACUUUGCCAAGGAGAGGACGCCUACGUGGGCGCUGCCCCCGCCGAGUCCUCGUCCAGCAUGAGCGAAGUGUACUCGCCAGCCUCCAGUUCACUUUCCAGUGACUCGGACGAGAGCGGGGGGCUGGUAUGGCCCCAGCAACUGCCACCUCGACUCGCGACCACAUCCUCUUCUUCCUCGCCCACAGCGCAGGCCGCCAGCACCAACCCUCCCGCGCAGCCGAAAGCCUUUGUCAAGAUUAAAGCGUCCCACGCCCUCAAAAAGAAGAUCCUAAGAUUUCGCUCAGGAUCCCUCAAAGUCAUGACCACCGUGUGA